UUACUAUAAAAUAUAACAUUUCUUCAACAAUUUCAUUCACUUCAACUCAAGUAUCUCUUUGAAACCUUUUAUUCUCAUUUUCUCUCAAUGGAUCGUUCUCUUUUUCACAAAAUGACACUUAUUGAUUCAGAUUCUGACGAAGAAUUUGAGAUAGCGAGGCAACUUGUUUUGGAAGGAGAAGGAUCAAGCUCACGUGGUUCUUCUAAAAAUGCACGUAGAUGCAUAAGGCGCGAUCGAUUGCAAGCCCACCAAAAUCUAUUUCGCGACUAUUUUGCUGAUCCUCCAAUCUAUCCUCACAAAUAUUUUUGAAGGAGGUUCCAGAUGAGUCGUCCUCUAUUUCUUCGUAUCCAAGUUGCAGUAGAAGCCCAUGAACCUUAUUUUGUCCAAAGCCCACCCACUCCCGUACGCUUCGGAACUCUCUUCUCUAGUCCUUUCUCUUUUUUCCCUUCAAUCUCUCUCUGCUUCACCUAUAUUUGAUUCAAUUGAGGAGAGAUUAUAUAGUGUUGCAAGCAUUGUUGCAACUGGGACUCUAUCUUUAGAUUGGGAUCAGAAGACUUGCACUUCCCAAGAGCUUUCCUUUGCAAAUCUUUAUUCAAUAAGGAAACAUGAAAUCUGAGGUCAUCAAAGAAACUGCCUGCCAUGAAGCAUGCAAUCAACAUUGUGAGAUUGGUGCAGUGAGAGAUAAUCUUGUGGAAGAAGCAAAUGCUCAAGAAAGGGGGAACGAACCUUAUGUUGAUGAGCAACCCAGUUAUUUCCCACCUGAACUGGUCGGUCAUAUUCCAAAGAAUUUGAAUAUGUUGUAUCAUUACUACUUAAUGGAGCUGGAGCAGAAAUUUGUUUAUGAUAUUCAAGUUCAUGAUAUUGUGCUUGUCCUGAGAAAUAAAAUAGAAGCUGAACUUGGAAGCUUGCAUUUUGAAUUGGAUGUUGGCAGGGGUAGUUUGACAGUGAACUUUAAAUAUGUAGGAGUGAUUAAUCUUAGCACAGAUCAGGUCCUUUUGUGUAGAAGGUUUCAGAAAACUCUUUUCAAAGCUCUUAUUCAUCAUGAUUUGAAAAGUUUAAAUAAGCAUAUGGAUGGAGAUAUUUUGGGAGCUGAGACUGAUUAUCUUUUGCUCCCAGCCACUGCAAAGCAUCAGAGACCUGAGAUCAUUGAUUGGCAUUGCGUUAAUUCUGUGCUAUUUUCGAGUAAGAAGAAUGGUGAAUCUCACUUGAAUUGUUCUUUACCCGAGGGUUGUGCUCGUAUUGUACAAACCAAAGAUGGUCCUGUACGCACUUGCCUGCUUCAGAAUUCUUUGGUGUACACCCCUCACAUUGAUCAUAUGUAUUGCACAACUAGGAUUCUGGAAUUGAAUGCAAACUCACGUAUGCAGCACCACCGUCGUGGCAAAAUCAAUACUUACAAAGAGUAUUAUGAAGACCAGCAUGGCAUCAAGCUGCUUUUUGAGCACGAAUCAUUGGUUAGUGUGAGACCCCUUUUUGGGGUGAAAAAACACCUUCAAAGAUGCAGAAAUCAGAUAAGGAAAGAAUCAAGUAUGAUGUCGGUUGAAUUGCCUCCGGAGCUUUGUUCUAUAAUUAGGUCACCAAUAUCAAUCAAUACAUUUUAUUCUUUCUCAUUUGUUCCUUCAAUCAUGCACCGGCUUGACUCUUUGCUUAUAGCUGCCAAGUUAAAAAAGAUGCAUUUGGAUCAUUGCGCGCAAAAUGAUGUUAUCCCAAUUUCCAAGGUCUUGGAAGCAAUUACUACAAAGAACUGCCAAUAGACAUUUGACUUGAAAUCCUUAGAAACGCUUGGAGAUUCAUUUCUCAAAUAUGCUGUGACUCAACAACUUUUUAAGACCUAUCAAGAUCAACCCGAGGGUGUGCUUGAUUCGAAGAGGAGAAAAAUAAUUUGCAGCUCUUUGCGAGUUUGGAUGUUACCGCAAACUUUUGGUAAAUGUGUUGUUGAGGGAAAAAUGAGUGUAUUGGCAUAUUCUUGUGAAAACCUUUGUAAAAUAGUGUUGUAACAAGUGUUGUUGUGGAAAGGCUUGAAAAUUGGUCAAGGAAGGCAACUUUGCUCGACCCUCGCUCGACGGAGCGCUCGAGCGAACUUGGGCAGAUUGCACCGCUCGACCUUCGCUCGACAUAUAGCUUGAGCGAACUCAGGCAGAUUCAAUUGCUCGACCUUCGCUUG